AUGGCGUCAUAUCAGUUUGAGUCCUUCUAUGUUCGUUUCACAGGAAAAAAUUACUCUGCCUGGGAAUUUCAAUUCCAACUAUUUGUCACUGGAAAAGAAUUAUGGGGACAUAUAGAUGGAAGUGAUCCUACUCCUACUGAUCCUACAAAGCUCGAUCAAUGGAAGGUUAAAGAUGCUCGGGUGAUGACAUGGCUUUUAGGGUCAAUUGACCCUCUUAUUGUUCUUAAUCUCAGGCCAUACAAGACAGCAAAGGCCAUGUGGGAUUAUUUACAAAAGGUUUACAACCAAGACCAUAGCGCAAGGCGCUUUCAGUUAGAGCAUGAAAUUGCUAUGUAUUCUCAAGGAGGUCUCUCUGUUCAAGAUUAUUUCUCUGGAUUUCAGAACUUAUGGGCUGAAUUUACCGAUAUCGUUUAUGCUACAAUACCUUCUGAAUCUAUCUCCAUCAUUCAAGGAGUUCAUGAACAAAGCAAGCGAGAUCAAUUUUUGAUGAAAUUACGAUCUGAUUUUGAAAAUGUUCGCUCCAACUUGAUGAACCGUGAUCCAUCUCCAUCGUUGGAUGUCUGUUUUAGGGAAUUACUUCGUGAAGAGCAGCGUCUCUUCACACAAAAUGCUUUUCAUCAAGGAAAUGUUGUCACUGUCGCAUUUGCAGCUCAAGGGAAAGGAAAGGGCAUGGAUAUGGCUAGAACUCAAUGCUACAGUUGCAAGAAAUAUGGUCAUAUUGCUAGCAAUUGUGGCAAGAAGUUCUUUUAUCAUGAAAGGACCAAACACAUUGAAGUGGAUUGUCAUUAUAUCAGAGAAGCUGUAGAUAAGAGAGUCAUUACUCUUCCACAUGUAUCCAGUGAUCUUCAAAUAGCUGAUGUGUUUACAAAGUCUAUGGCACGACAACGUCAUCAGUUUCUGGUAGGCAAAUUGAUGCUUUUUGAUCCACCGGCAUCAAUUUGA